AUGAUGGAAAGGAUACGAGAAACUGGUCGACGACUACAUCGAGUUUAUCGAGAAACUAUAGAAUGGCGGAAUCCACUUACAGGCCUCUAUCUGAUGGCUGUGAACUCAGCUUUCUGGAUCGGGGUGAUAUAUUGUGAUCCGAAAAUCCAAGAAGCACUGUUGGCAACCGCUUCAGCUGGAGUAUUUGCCUGGGACAUUUUAUUAUCUUCUUCAAAUAAUUAUUCAAUCUUCACACACAUUCUAAUGUGGCCUUUUCAGUCAAUAUUCCGGACUUUGAGUGUUGGUGGUUCAUUCUACAGUAUACAUCUACUCCGAGCUGAAGAAGUUAGGUUGGCAUGCUAUUCUGCAUAUGCAACAUUGGCUUGUCUCCUCAUAAAUCCUGUUUGGGAGCAUAACGAAGUGAAUGCAAAAAUAGCAUCAUCAGCGCAGAGAACAGCUAGUUGGUUUGGAAACUGGAUACAGUAUCUCAUCAUCACUCCAAUUGUGACAAUCUAUGAGUACACUAAAUACAUUGUUCUCUUCCGAUGGGUUCCACCACUGAUAGCAUAUGUGAAGCAUUUUAUCUUCAACUUCCGUGAGGCUUGUAGAGAACUUGUCUCUGGAAUCAAAAAUUGGAUAAACGUAGCAAUCAUAGAAAGAACGAAACGAAUUGCUGAACGUUUUCGUAGAUUUUUACGGUAUUGGUUCUGUGCAGAAUGGUGGCCCUCUUUAAAAGAAUGGCUGAAAGUGAAUGUCGGUGUUCCUCUUCGUUACUUGUUUGAUCAAUUGUGCUUCGUGUUCGUGUACAUUUUCUGUGCUCACUGGUUUCCACCACUUUGGAGAUUUAUCAUCAAACAACUCAAAGUUCUCGGCGCAUUGGCAUAUAAGCACGUUUGGAUUCCUGCGAAAGGAUUUCUUCUUUGUCAAUUCGAACGGUUGCGCUGUUGGCUGCGAGACACUCUUCAUAGAAUAGCAAUUUUCGUCAGAGAUUCUUUCCUUUGGCCAAUUUGUUGUCUCAUGGUAGAAAUCGGAAAGCAGUUUUCAAUUUUUAUUUACCAUUUGCUUCUUGAGCCGGUUGUGAACUAUCUCUACGGUAGAUACAAAAUCAUUGAGACAAGUGCACUCAUUUAUAUUCUUGGACCUGUCUGUGAAACUGUCAUUGACCACAUUCCAGAGAAAAAUCCAUUCUGUGAAGAGAGUGAUGUCGAAUUCGACGGUUUCCUACCUGAAGUGAAUGACGAGACCGACUUGGAUGAAAACCAAGUUGACGAUGAUGAAGAAAUUCAAUCACGAUUGUCUUCUUCGCCCAUUCCUGAAGAAGAAUUUGAAUUCGAGCGAGGUCUUCAGUUUUCCGCAGUAAAUGGCUCUGAAUCAAGUGAUGAAGAGUUUGAUCUGGAUGCACCAAAGAAAACUGUUCGACGGAGACGUCGAGAACCAAAGAAAUCUGAAUUGACAGCAGAUGAUGACUACGAGUUACUAGAGUAA